AUGCCAUUUGUUGUGAGUCGCGAUGAGAAUUCAAACGGAAAUUUGGCUCUCGCUGCACCAGCUUUCGAUGAGGAAAAAUUACUUGUCUACCGCGAAAUUUAUUUUGACGGCUUCAGUACAGUCAUCGCGGCUCGAGACCUCACUUCAGGGGCUGCUGUGGCUGUCAAAAAGGUUGAUUUUGCCCAACUAGGCAACUGCUUCUCGGAUGUCAUUCAACUUCAGCGGCGAGUGACCAGCAAGGUUCGAAAGCAAGUGGCAAGGAUAAAGGCACUUUCACAUCCAGCAGUAAUGAAAAUGCUGGAUUUCGUCCUCGAACCAACGCGGGUGGUUGUGAUAUCAGAGAUGUGUCUUUUUGGUGAUCUGUUUAACUGGAUGCUUCAGCAGCAGCACUUACGUUUCCGAGAUGUGUUCUUGAUAAUCCACGGAUUGUUCCAGGCGUUCCAGUUUCUUCAUGGAAAGAGCUACACGCACGGUUCCCUGAAACCGACGAAUAUUUUAUUUCAAACAAUAUCUCCUCACUCUCUUGUGGUGCUGCCAGAUUUGAGCGUGAAAAAGGAAAUCUCGCAUCUUCUCAACGACCCUAUGCUCAGCUGUAUAAGUUGUGCCGCCCCGGAAGCAAUAGCGGACUUACUGAAGGCUCAAAACGAACCACCAAAAAGCGCUCCAAACCCGGAGGAUGACAAUGAAUUAUUUGGCACAACCGCUAUGGACGUCUGGAGCAUAGGUGCAAUAGCUCUGAUUAUACUUACCGGAGUUAAUUAUUUUCAGUACGAGACUUUAAACGAUAUCAAGGAGCCAGUGGAGCCGAGGUUAGAACGGGCCUUUUCGCAUCCGAUACUUUCGUCUUGUGGCCCAAAAAUUGGGGAAUAUUUGCGCAAGUUCCUUGAAGUUGAUCCUGCCAAAAGGGCCACGGCAGCAGAGGGUGCAGCUCUUGCGUGGCUGGAUGAAGUAGAAAUAGCCAAUGAUGACAGGAACCUCCUUUUCCUGAUGGAGUAUGACCUGAUGAACACAUGCAAAUAUUUCAGACUUUACGGUCAAAAAGUGACGAAAAGCCUUUUUUCACAAAUAUACCCAAAGGAAGAUGUUCGCUAUCGUCUUCUACCGUAA